AGUUCUCAACAAGGAGAGGCAGGACUACUUUUACGGAGCCCCUGCAGUCUCACUUCGUGUGCCUCCAAAAGACUUUCACUCACAUCUUUUUGCAUUUUUUGCUCGGCAUCGCCGCUUAUUCGCUUCCGUGAGAGAAAUACUACUUUUUUUUUUUUUUUUCUACUUUAGUGAAAGCACCAGCACGAUGGAGCUGCUUUGCCUCGAAAUGGACACCAUCCGAGCUCGUCCCGAUCCGAACCUCCUGUGCGAUGACAGAGUGCUGCAGAGCUUGUUGACCAUAGAGGAGAGGUUUCUACCUCAAUAUUCCUAUUUCAAAAGCGUCCAGAAAGACAUUCAGCCGUUUAUGAGGAGGAUGGUCGCCACUUGGAUGUUGGAGGUUUGUGAGGAGGAGAAGUGCGAGGAAGAAGUUUUUCCCUUGGCCAUGAACUACUUAGACAGAUUCUUAGCAGUGGUACCCACCAAAAAGUGCAACCUGCAGCUGCUGGGAGCAGUGUGCAUGUUCCUCGCAUCCAAAUUGAAAGAGACUCGUCCAUUAACCGCAGAGAAGCUUUGCAUCUACACAGAUAACUCCAUCAGACCACACGAGCUGCUGGAAUGGGAACUGGUGGUGUUGGGUAAAUUGAAGUGGAACUUGGCAGCGGUGACACCGAACGACUUCAUUGAGCACAUCGUGAUGAGGCUGCCGCUGCCCGAGGAUAAGGUGGCCCUCAUACGCAAACAUGUCCAGACCUUCAUCGCCCUGUGUGCCACAGAUUUUGGAUUCGCCAUGUAUCCUCCCUCCAUGAUUGCCACAGGAAGUGUGGGGGCAGCGAUCUGCGGCCUGCAGCUGGACGCAGCUGACCCGUCACAGUGGGGCGACAGUCUGACGGACCUGCUGGCCAAAAUCACAAACACAGAAGUGGACGUUCUCAAAGAGUGCCAGGAGCAGAUUGAGCGUGUGCUGGUGAGCAGCCUGCGCGAGGGCCGGCAGCAGCAGACGCAGACGCAGACGCAGAGAGGCCCCAGCGGGAAAGGCCUGGACGAGCUGGAUCAGUCCUCCACCCCGACAGACGUCCGGGAUGUCAACUUGUGAACCACCAGAGGGCGCUAUUGCACAGGAUCUACAAAAAAGAAAAAAAAGCAUCAUGAAAAAAAAACUCAAUUUUCUUAAAUGCAGAAAAAAAGAACAAAAGAACAAAAAUGUUAAAAACACAAGCCCUUUAAAAGAAAAAGAACAAUGCUUGCUAGUUUUCUUUUUUGUGUGUGUAGAUUUUCUGUUCUUCGAGUCCAAAACACCUGCCCACGAAAAAGAUUUUCUCUGAUGUUCUAGUCCAAAAGCAACAAAUUUGAUACAAGAUGAAGCUCCGCGGUGCCUUGGAUGUACAGAAGGGAAGCCAAUCUAUCUGCAUUCUGCCUUUGAUUGUAUAGUAUGAUCUUUAAGUUAUAUUUUAACCAUGGUAGAAGUCGUGGAAACUAUUCAGAAAUUACAUGGGAUCACGGUGGGGCUUGCGUUUGUUUGACUUGUUUCACGAUAACAUUCAUGGCUGGUGUCCGAGAGCACGCCAGCUCCUCGGCAUCAGAGGGUCCACAGGAGAGAGAAACGGAAGAAGCCGCGUGAGCGCUAUGCUAAAGCCGAUCGGUCCCGAUUCCAUGGAAGAGACGGAGUUAGAAUAAUUAUUAGUAGUAUUAGUAAUUAUUAUUAUUGAUAUUAUUGGAUAUAUUGUGGAACUGAGUAGUAGAGAUCGAUAAGCUCCUCUUGUCAGGCUGCUUGUGUGUCAGUUUGUGGGUGCAGGUUGCAAGCGGCUGUUUUUUAAUGCGAGUAUGCCAGAUUGCGUGUGUGUGUGCGUGUGUGUGUUGUGUGAAUGCUACACGUGAACCUGUGUCUCUGUUAGCGGUGUGCGUUUGAUGGCGUGAGGCACUUGAGCAAAGUCAAGUGGCAGACUUACAGGAGUAAGUCAAGAGGAGGCUACACACACUUUGUCCAUCAGUAUAAAAGGGCAUCUAUGCUAUAUCACUGCCGUCAUGCAUGAACAAUGUACCAUGGGUCAUUGUUGGCCAACAGUAGACCCGUGUGCACGCACUAGGAGUGAGACAAAGUUCAGAUUUAGCGAAGGAGGAUAUGGGUGAAGGGACUUUCACAUAGAGCCCCUCAUCUUUCUACGAGCAUUUUCCCUGAGGGGUUGCACCUCGGACUCAGAGGUCAUGUGAGGUGUUUGUUUAUUACUGCCAUUCUGUUAAUAACACAUAUACGUCUUGUCACGUUGUUACGAUAUGGUGUUUCCUUAGUUGUGAAAGGCUGCUUUGAGUCUGGACACAGUUGUCAUGACCUCCACACAUGUGAGAGCAGGAGAGGACGGUGUCCGGAGAAGGAUGGAGAACAUUGGACUCCUCUGUAGUAGUUAGCGGGGAGAGAACCGGGUGGUGCCCAAAGAAUUGGGAAGAGAGGGACAGUUUGCAACUGAGGAGUUGCACUGUGGGAGUCACGUGACCGCACAGCGCAGGAGGGUCGCAUGGAGAGAGGAUUGUGGUGCCGCUGUGUGGAGGAUUUACAGCCAGUGGCCGGAAGAUGAUAAUGAGCAAAAGAUGCCCAAAGGCCUCGUGAUAAAACCUUGAUUUGUGCAUGGAAUCAACAUUCAUAUCUCACGAUGGAUGUCUAGUGACACAGCUAAGUGAACAAAAAUGUUCUUGGUUUGGAAAUGAAUAAACGAGGAACUGAGACGCUGCCAGAUCAGGUGUGGAUGAACUUUCAUGGAGG